AUGCCGCGGAUCAUCGUGGUGUCGACUGUCGUAUCUGCGUUUGGAGAAAGGGUACUCUCUGGUCGGCAAAGGAUAGACGCCUUGACGUUAUUGAUGAUCAACCUUGCAAUUGUCGGUGAUCCGGAGGUUCAACGUUACAGGGGACGUCUGGAUUCGCCAGGCACUGCACCUGCCGCGCCAGGCAAAGUUUGUUACGACACCAAAAGACGAAAGGAAGCACAAUUGGAAAUGAACAUGGCCUCCAACAUCCUCAUCGUCGACGGAAAGUUCGAGGACCAGGUCUAUGAAUUGGCCGUCUACAUUGACCGUCUCAACGGCGCGACCGACGAAGCGGCUGGCCCGCUCGUCUCCUCGAUCGCUGAUCUGAGCGAGGAGGAGGUCCUCCAGCGUUUGGUCGAGGCCUCCUCGGUGUUGUCCAAUGCCUCUGAGAAGGAAUAUGAGCCCGCAGCAAACCUCCUCAUCAACCUCAUUCGCUCCGCCCCUACCCCCGCCCUUAUCGACACCCUCCUCAAGAACCUCUCCAACCCCCCAUCAACCCCCAACGGCCCCGCAUUGUCUUUGACCGUCUUGUCGACCGUCUUCAACGUCCUCCCCUCCGACUCCGCAUUCCGCGCACAAACCUUCCUCACCCUCCUCUCCGUCGCGCGCUCCCACGACCUCUACGACGCCCUCCAACCCCAACUCACCCACCUCCGCACCUGGCUCUCCGAAUGGUCCGUCCCCGCUGAGGUCGCCUCCAAGGUCCUGAACGCCGUUAUCGACGCCGCAGAGAACGCGGAGGAUGACAAGACUGCAUACGCGACUUACCUCCUCGCACUUCAGCAAGAAGGCGCGAACGCAGAGUUGGCCGUGAGAGCAGUCCAGCACGCCGUCGAACGCCCCCCACACUUCAACUUUGACGACCUCAUCGCGCUCGAGCCCGUUCGUGGUCUCAAAACUUCCAAGCCAGAGAUGUAUGCCAUCCUCGAGGUUUUCCUCUCGGGUGAUUACGCAGGGUACAAAGCCCUCCCCUCGCACACGUUUAACGACGACCUCUGUACCCGGAAAAUUCGUCUCCUGACCCUUGCCUCUUUGGCCGCAUCUUCAAUUUCAGACGGCACGCGUCACAUCUCUUACGAGACAAUCACGUCCUCCCUCGACAUCCCCGCCGCGGACGUCGAACUCUGGAUCAUCGACUGUAUCCAAUGCCACCUCAUCGAGGGAAAGCUCUCCCAACUCACUUCGUCAUUCACUGUUCACCGCGCCACGUACCGCGUGUUUGAGCGUGAGCAAUGGGAGUUAUUGAGUAAGCGUCUGAAUGUUUGGAGGGGGAGUUUGGAGGGUGUGUUGAGCGUUGUUAGGGGGGCUAAGGAGGGUGUGCAGGGUGUUGAGGGGAGAUUGAAGGAGGCGCAGGCUCAGGUGAAUGAGGCUUAA